GGAAAUCUCGUUAAGCGCCCUGUUAAAAAUGAGCAGCUAUUUCAGGGUAAAAUCUCUCGUACACCUUGCGAGAUUUGAAAAAUGGCGACCAUCCAAGAGCAGACCGCUGACACGUCUUCGCCAUCGUCUCAGCCGAAUAAUCCUCUAUCUAGAAAACUGAAUAAAAUUCUAGACACAAGACUUGAUAAUGAUAAGGAAAUGCUGGAAGCCCUCAAAGCUCUGUCCAGUUUCUUCAGUGAAAACACUUUGAGGAACAGAAGAAACCUGAGAGGAGAUGUCGAGAGGAGGAGUUUGGCCAUCAAUGAGGAUUUCAUUCAGGCUUUCCAGCAAGUUAAAGAGCAACUUGACUCUGUCUAUGAAGAUGUGAAAGGAAUGAGUGAGUGUUGUCAGGACAUGACCACUAGAUUAAAGGCAGCAAAAGAGCAGACCCAUGAUUUGAUCAACCAGACAACUCAGUUGCAAACAGAAAGCCAGAGGCUGCAGAUGAGAGCACAGGUGGCAGAUGCUUUUCUGGCCAAAUUCCAGCUGAAACCAGAAGAGGUGAAAAUUCUUAGAGGAACACGGGAUGGUGCCCUGCAUCCAGACUUUUUCAAAGCUUUGGCCCGUGUAAAACAGAUCCACACAGACUGCAAGGUGUUGCUCAGAACAAAUCAACAGACAGCAGGGUUGGAGAUAAUGGAAUCAAUGGCACUACAUCAGGAGUCAGCAUACGAGAGGCUGUACCGAUGGACACAGAAUGAAUGCAGGGCUCUGAGCAAUGAGUCUCCAGAUAUCAGUUCUCAGCUCUGUUUGGGUUUAGAGGCAUUACAAGACAGACCGGUGCUCUUCAGGUAUUCUCUGGAUGAGUUUGGUACAGCCAGAAGGACAGCCAUUGUGCGAGGGUUCAUUGACGCUUUAACAAGAGGAGGUCCAGGAGGAACGCCAAGACCUAUUGAAUUACAUUCCCAUGAUCCUUUGCGGUACGUGGGUGACAUGUUGGCAUGGUUACACCAGGCGACAGCAUCAGAAAAAGAACAUCUACAGACUCUACUGAAGAAGUGCAAUAAUUGUUCCAAUGAGGGGACAAUUCAAGACAUUUUAGGCCAUAUCACAGAGGGUGUUUGCAGACCUUUUAAGGUGAGAGUGGAGCAGGUAGUGGUGGCAGAGCCAGGGCCUGUCCUGUUGUAUAAACUCACCAAUCUACUCAAGUUCUAUGAACACACGAUAGGUCAGCUGCUGUCUAAAGACGCCUCUCUUCUGGGCACCCUGGACGAAGCUCACGUCUUGAGCUCUAAGAUGUUCUUUAACAGUCUGAACAUACAUGCAGCAAGGCUUCUGGAUAAGGUUGAGCUUCCUCCUGCUGAGCUGGGACCCACGGGACCCCUGAACCAAACGCUACAGCUGCUGAAAGAUGUGUUAUCUUCCCAUGAUUCCUCAGUGGUGUCAAUAGAUGACAGGCAGAAGGAUUUCUCUAAGAUCAUGUCCAGUGUGAUUGACCCCCUGAUCCAGAUGUGCUCCCUCUCGGCCAGUAAACUGACCACGGUGGACAUGGCCACCUACAUGAUCAACUGUCUGUACACCAUGCAGAGUGCCCUGGCCCUGUUUGAGUACACUGACCAGAGACUGGAGAUGUUACAGGCACAAAUUGAUGCCCAUAUAGACACACUGAUCAGUGAGCAGGCAUCACAUAUCCUGCACAGAGUUGGACUUGCCAGUACAUAUGGUAUAGUACAGCAACAUCAGCCAAAACAGGGUCCAUUGUCAUCUAUCCCUGGAAUGGAGCCAGGGACACUCAAGGGUGCUAUAGCCAAGUUUGACAGUUUCUUGUCCACGCCUGAUGGUUACAUAUUACAGCAGUGUAGCUUACUUCAGAGUACCACUGUAAGAGAAACAACACGGAAACGUUCUAUGGAGCUGAUUGUGUCAGCAUAUGAGGAGCUGUACACUGCUAUCACCAACCCUCAGAAUGGGUACAAAGACCCCCAAAAUCUCAUGCCUCGAACCCCUGAACAAGUAAAACAUCUGUUGAUAUAGAAAACUCUGUUACAUGUUUGGUGCACACAUAUUGAUGAUUUAUUUUUUCAUAUUUAUUGAAUGUUUUUUCCU